AUGGAAUUAGCUUUUGGAAAACUGGGAGCUGUGAUCAAUAGAUACAUACAGCGGACAGAUACUGAGGAGAAAGUACCGCUUGCCGAGAAAUUUCGGCGUUUCUGGAAAACAUUGACCAAACCACAUUCCACAUCCACACAGUCAGCAGGAGUAUCUCUCAACUCAUACGGAAUGGCCGGUAGUGUCGCCAAACAUCCGGUGAGCAAAUCAGCAUCUAUGUCCGUGACAGGACCAUCAAACCCGGUUGGAUUAAUCACCCCAUCCACUGAAACGGUAGCUGAUACAACCAUCCUAUUUUCUCGUGUAAUGGAAUUCUCUAAAGAGCGAAGGGGUAAAAAUGAACCACCAAGAUUUGAGGGAAGCUUGGAGAAAGAAUAUCGAGUUACGGCAAGUACCGUGUGUGAAGAAGAUCAGAUCGCUGAUGGAGACGAGAAUGCAGUCUUGCUCUCUUGUUUUGUUCAAACCAAUGUACAGGAUGUGGUCUUCUUAUGGAUGAAGGAUAGCAAUGAAAUCUAUCCGACUGAUCGGUUUCUAAUUUUGAGUCAGUCACGAGCCACGCUGCUUCGCAUCAACUACCCGCGACUAUCUGAUUCUGGAGUGUAUUCCUGUGUGGCAGCUAAUCCUGAGGGGCGAUGUGAAACUGUGACUAACCUCAUUGUUGAGCCAGCAGUGACCGAAACCAAUACCUCUGAAGAAUUAUCCGACCCCAUCCCACCGAUGUUUGAUAUCACCUUGACCGAAUCGCGCGAUACACAAACAAUGAACCGAACUACAAGGUGUUCUUCUUUACUAGUGAGUGAUAAUCGUCGAAGCAAACGGUUUCGCGAUAGCGAGGCUAUUACUGAUCGUCUAAACCGUCUGGCUACAGAGAAGAGCUCAGACUUAACCUCACCUCUGACUGCACCUCCGACAGCAGAUAAACCGGGACGUUCCAACUCCAGUUCCUCAUCUCCGCCGGACACCCCGGAAGAAGACAACGGGGAAGGCUACACAACAAGCAGUUCAGAUUCAGAAAGCCAGACAGAUAUUCGAGCCUUGCCAGAAUGUGACCAGCCACCACUUAGUCCACAGACCCUCGUACCCAACACUGCGGAUGAUGUUCCGGUCAAAUCUUCCCUUCUUAAUCAAUCCACACCACGAGAGAAGAAAAACAUGAUUGCAAGUGAAAAAGUGAAAACAUUCAGUUCACAAUGGAGCCAACAAAAUAGCGAAUCAGUGCAAGAAGACUCAAAGAGAAAUGAGAUAACAGAAAGUCUGGUAAAAUUCCCACGACCCAAGUCUGUUGUGGGAUCUAAUUGUAUUGACCAGGGGGAGUCACAGUCCGCGAUGACAAACUCCACGCAGUUUGAGAAUCGACGUGCCGGAGUGCAGUUCUCCUCAGCACGUGAUUCCACUGGUCAAGCCGGACAAAGAGUUCGGAAAAUGGCUGCUGCAUUUGAACUCUCGCAAUCAACAGCAACAACGAACCAGUCACCGAGACGAUGCUCGAAUUCGGAUAGAUCAGGUGUAAAAUCCCAGAACGUGCAUCUCAGUGGUUUAUCGUCUGAGAUUAUUGAGCCUAGUCGCCCUGCUUCGCUUCGUUUCAACAAUACAUCCACGAAUAUGGGCUCCCCGAAAUAUCGGAGUACAACUGAACAAAGGAAGGCUCACGUUAAGUCACCUCGUGAUAAGAAUUCAAACCAAUCCGAAAAAACAGUUCACGACUCCGUCCUAUUCAUGGCUCGGAAUGAGACUGCAGUGGAUGAAGUAAUUCCAUGCAGUAUUCAACCCGAUCAGGAGAACGACUUAUUAUUACUCUUCCCGGUCACUCCGCUAUCGGUGAAUGCCCCCAUUUCAGCCGGCCUCCGUCAAUCUCUCAUAGAUAUCUCACUAAUCGAGGAUACCCAAGUGCGUUUAUCAGCCGUGAAUGGGAACAAACAAUUGCCUCUAACCAGUUCUCUGCCAUCAGUUCCAAAACGACAAAGUUUACCCGGUACCAUAGAAUCUACUCCACUCGCUUCAAACACUAAACAGUCCGAAGUAGCAGAAAAUUCACCACCAAGAGACUGGGUCAAACGUUUAGCAGCCUUUUUCCAGCGACGUCCCACACAGUUCAAGGAAUCGCCAAAGACGCACUCUCUCAAGAUGCAAUGUGAAGGGGACUCAGGGCCUAAAGUACUGGGAGCCGAUCAUCAGCCGUGGAUUAGCACCAAUCCCCCUAGUUUUAUUUCAUCCAAAGGAGGAAUGAAAGAAAACAAUAUGGAGGGUGGGUGUGAGAAGACAAAAUCGGCCGUGGGACCCCGAACAGGUGGCCAUAAGGAUAUUAAGGGAACAACAUCAACCCAGCUAUCACCAACCAGUUAUCCUGUACCACCCCGAAUUGAGAUCAAUUCUACUAAUAUAAAUAAUAAUCAUACUAAUGAUCCGGAAGUCAACCCACUAAGCGCUAGAGUAGGAUAUGUGAAACAAACAGUACAUCAGUUGGAAAGACAAGUGACUCCGCCAAUCAGUCCAAAGACCCCAGAGUAUUACCAAACGAAACAGUUAUCGGUACCCAGUGUUGCAUCUCCUAUCCAACGGACAAUGCCGAAACCAAACAAUUCGAAAAAGUUGACAAAACCAGAGGAAGUGAGAAAAGUUAAACGAAGAUCUUUCAUCGAUCUGCCUGAUUCGGCUCAAGGAAACGAAUCACUUAGGGGUAUGAAUAAAAGUACCCUACAAAUGAAUGUCGUACUGAUAAAUCGAGCGGAGGAAAUAGAAGUCAGACAGUCUCCUGUCGGAAUGCGAAGAGCAGAACAGAUUUUGAAUCCAUCUAACAAUGACACUAAUGAGAGAGCCCAGGUAACAAUUACCAGGCGACCGGCAUUAGCCCCGUCACUGUUGCAAAACAAUGUGCAGCGGAUUGCUAGCAACAAUAAUGAUGAAAAGCCUUCAGAAACGGUUGCAUCGAAAUAUAUACCGAGUAACAAUGUUGAGACCAAAUCCACGACAGCACUGAAACAAGCUAAUCAAACAAGUGGGAGUUCGCUCGAGCCCAAUGUCAGCAUUACAAGAAGUUAUUCUAUCGUGUCCCCUCGAUGGACGAAUUCAGGUGAAAUCACUACUGGCACAAACACCACAAGAUCAGAUGAAGUGGACCGUAAUACUCAAUCCCUGAAAAAAGAAACUACAGAAACUGGUAGUCAUACUGUCAGAUCAACAGUCUUCACUAGCACCACACAGUUCGGCAAAAACUCGUCAAGUACCACCGCAAUGAGUACCUCUUUGAACAAGAACGCAGACGCAGUCACAGGUGAUAAUAUCAAUGAAACCAACAAUAUUACCACCAACCGCAUCACUCCAACAGAAGAAACAAUCCCAACCACCAUCAGCAUCACUUCGACUGUCAAAGCCCAUAUCACCACCCCUAUCGCCAACAACACUGCUUCAGCAAACAAGACAGCUACCACAACCAAGAUCUACCCAACACCGAGUCCCAAAGUUACUACCAACCUAUUGUGCAGUAACGCCAAACGCAAUGAGACCGUCAACACCCCAGUAAGUCGGACUACAACCAACAUCACUGAAAAUAACUUUGACCUCAUGGGCACCAAACACAAUAUGGAUAGCAGCGGUUUGAUUGCUGCAUCUACUGUGUGGAAUAAACCUAUGGAUUUCACUAUCGAUAAUCCAAAACUACCUCCGAUUCCGCCUCCUCACCAUCCUGGUUCAAGCACGGCCAUCGCCAUGUCAACUAGGAUGGAAACUACACGUCCUGGACAAUUGGUGUCAUCGGAAAAAACAAAAAAAAGCAGUCCAGUACAAGCGGAAAGUACUUCGCUUGUCAUGCAAAACAAACCAAAAUCUCAAGAGGAAAUCACACCAAAACUUCAAUCCACACCAUCACAACUGUUGCCAAUUGCGAAAUUGAUGGAAACGUGUGAACGCCAAGAAGUGAGACGCGUGAAUCUUGAGGAAAUGCGGGCAUCAGUAUUAAAACUACCGCAAGUACCCUUGUUGGAAGAAGAUGAAGAAGCCAAUGGUGAGUGAAAGUUUGGGCGUGUAGUCACAUGCAAAGAGAAAACAACUGGCAAACUGUACGCGUUAAAAACAUUCCGCUCAACGAGACUGGCCCGACAUAACGGUGAACUGAUGGAGGUGGCUGUUCUCCGAGCUGUGGGUAAACAUCCCCAGAUAGCAUUUAUGCAUGCCGCUUAUGAAAAUGGAUCUCAGUGUACCAUUGUAACAGAACUUGUUUCCGGUGGCGCGUUGUACCAACGCAUUCAGGAAGAAGGUACCUUGGAUGAAGCAAUCACAGUGCGUAUUAUUCGCCAAGUGCUACUUGGUCUACGGCAUUUACAAACAUGCCAAGUUUUACAUUGUGACUUAAAACCAGAAAAUCUCGUUAUGCGUAAACCGCGAGGAUACGAGUUGAAAAUUAUAGAUUUCGGUCUAGCAUGUUUCUACAAACCACCCCAAGCACCUCGACCGCCAGCUGGGACAUUGAAUUACUUGGCCCCAGAGACACAGAAUUAUGAUCCACAAUCAUAUGCUACCGAUCUUUGGAGUGUUGCCGUAAUCGCAUAUGAAAUGCAGCUAUCCAGUCGCGAGAUCCUCCUGAACAUCACGAAAGUUCGCUACAAUUUCAAUGAUGAAGGUAUCGUUGAUGCUUCAAAGGAGGCGAAAGAUUUCAUCAAACGAAUUCUCGUGCGAGAUCCAAAGUACGUUGCGCUAAAUCGGUUAUUUUGCAAAUGA